CGGAAUUUAGGAAGAAUUUCGGAGAAUAACCGGUCAGUGAUCCGUGGCUUCCUUCAGAAGGGUACUGUUCCGUCAGAAUUCCGAGCAUAAGGUUUGUUUGACAGAAAAGGAGAAUGCAAAGGUGGUACGAUGAGAACUUAAAUCUCGGCAUUCGACGAGUGACCAUGACAACAUAGUCCAUCACAAAUAUCGAAAGCGUACAGACGGAGCAAAGGGAUGUGUGAGGUGAGACGAUCACGAUCAUCGAGGUUGAGUGGGUUUUCCACACCCUAAAGACUGUCUUCUAGGUUUCUGAAUGUCCGCCUUCGGAUUUUUUUCUCCUGAAUUGUCCUAUUCCCAGUGCUUCUUUUCGUUUGAUUUGUAUUCAUUAAACAGUUCGUUUGAUUUGGUCAAUACUUCAAAACGCAUCGGGAAUGGAGCCAGAGGAAGGUCUUGGAUUCAUCAGUCAGUCGGAGAGCCAGAUGACUCGAACACGACGACGGGUGCACGAUGACUUUUUGCCAUCGGUACGGGACAUAUACGUACCAAAAUACGAUACAGUACAUUGUUUGUUGGAUGCUUCGGGGAGUUACUUACCUCAUGAGGGCAGGAUAGAGAAGACUUCGCGACUGAGGGUUGAAGGGAAAUUCGAUCUGGCUCCACAGAUAGGGAAGAAAUCCGUGGAGCUAGAACACAUGGGCGACCCAAUCGACGCGGGAGAUGUAGCAAGUAAGCAGGAGGUUCCUAUUUGCGUGAGCAACUCAUACCGUACAAGGCGGCCACACUUCUGAGGCGAUAGAAGAUUCCGGGACCUCAUUCGAUGCCGAUAGGGUUCUUGCUGUCCUUCAGCAAAGCUUGGGUCCCAUUUCACUAGACCAUAUCAAUCGCAGAACCUUGACAAAGCAAGAGGCAACCGAAAAGAUGACCGGUGGUUCAUGACAAAUAGCCGACCAAUUUUCUAACCGACCUCAUGAUACAAUGUGGCUAGCAAAGUCUGCCACCUCCCCUUGUACACGAAUCUGUAAUAUUCUACUCAUUGAGAGCACCGGGUAUUCGAUCUGCUGCUUCUUCUCCCUUCGCAAGACGAAGAAUAGCUUGCGCAGCAAGCAAAGAUCUGGA